AUGAAUUCGAGUAUAGACUGUCAUUUAGCCAGUCUGUCUUAUCCUACCAGUAUGGACAGUAGUUAUCCUGAUGAGACAGACAGUAUGAUAAAUCAUGCAAGAAGUUCCCCGCUGAAUACUACAAUGAGUAAUACAAGUGUAGAAACACUGUCGACCUCAACAAGGACAACGCCACCAAUAAUGAAAUGUAGCCACGAUGGCGAUGAUGAUGAUGAUGACAACGACGAUGUGGAAGGAGAGAAGGAAGUGGACAAUGGCAGCCUAAAUGAUACUAAUUCACAUACAACAAUCGAUGACGAUGAAUUAAUGAAUAGUUAUACCGCUUCAAUAGGUAACCAUGACAACGAGGCAGUGGAAUAUAUAAAUGACGACCUUGGAUUAAAUAAUCAAUUAUUCCCGGUGAAAAAAUCAGAAAAACAAGUAACAUUUCAAGAUGUUGUUGAAAUUUCAACAAUUUAUUCAAUUAUCAAUGAAUCUGUAGAAUCUGUCUCGUAUACUUCUGAGGUGGAUGACGCCGUCGAAGAGGAAUUUCUGUGUGACAAUGAAUGUAAUGGUCGAAAGGAUUAUAAAGGGAUUAAGUAUACAGAAGAUCAGUUAGACAGAGUAGAAAGGCAUUCUAAUGCUGACCAGUGUUCAUCAGAAAAGGAUUUAUUGACU